CAGGCCGGGGCAAGCAGAAAUUAUUUAACCGCGAUACGAAUCGGUUGUGUUUUUGGCGUUUUCGCGCUGUUUUAGUCUCCAGCGGUGCCCAGCUCAAUAUUUUUCUCUGGAGGCAGGGAAAACUUCGCGUGUGCGCGCGUGUCUAUAGCAUAUAAAAAACACUUCUCGCUUUGGCCAAAAGUGCCGAAAAACAGCUCCAAAGUUUACGCGUAUAUAGUUUUUUUUCUUUAUGAUAAGGUGCGCGCAGCUCUUUUUACAACUGAAAAAAAAAUUAAGUAAAGAGAAAUAGUGGGUUGCUGUCUUUUUGGGGACUCAAAUAACGCUCGCCGCCGUCGGUUUACGUAGUAGGAAGAUUGGUGUGUUCUGUAAGUUACGAUAGCUGCAAGAACCUCUCGGUGUCGGUGGUGAUUUGAAGAAAACCUUUGACGAGAGAAAAAAAUAAUCAUACAGUGUGAAUUGUGUUUAUUGGUAAAACAAAGGCGCCAACCGUGUCUGUGGAACCGUAAACCGGAACCGUACCCUCUCUUUGGUUUCGGCCCUAGUGUUUCAGUAUCAUCCCGUCACUGUUUCCAAACCCCUAAACCGUAGAUCCGUGCCACCCUCCGGAAAUGGCCUUGUCAAGGGCCUACUGCUGCUUUGCGGUGCUGCUGCUCUACUUCGGGGUGCUGGCCCAAAGUGGAGCACCGGUUCGUCCAGGCACGGGUAAUCCCUCGCCGCGGCUCCCGCGCACCAGUGCCAGCCAGCUGUCGGCUCAGAACAACAACAGCACCGGGAUGCGUAAUCUGGCCGCGAAGAACCUCACCGCCCAGCAGACACGUGGGAACUACAGAUCAAGGGAACAGCAGCUGUUGAAUGUGUUCGAGGUUGUGGUAUCGACGCUGGAGGGGAAGCUCCAGCGGAUAGACAACCUGGACAAAGCCGUGGAGCACCUGAUGCGCCGCGUGGAAUCACUAGACAACAAGAUGGCCGAUAACAUCCACAAGACCGAUUCGGUUAUCUCGAAGCUGCGGACGUUGGACAGUAAGCUGUCCAACGAUGAUGACAGGCCGAACAGUGUGAGAACGGCAAAAUCCACCAACACCCUGGACAGCCGGCUGGUUUCAUUAGAUCAGAAAGUCAGCGAUAUCGAUAAUAAGCUGAACGGGUUGAAAAAUCAGAUCGACAGUAAUUUUCUGCCGGUGGAUGACAUAAACGCGGAAGCGAGUGAAAGAAAGACGGUCAGUAUGAACGUCGCAGAAAUCACCAAGGCUAUGCACUCGGAGGUUAUGGUACACAUUACGAAAGAGCUUGGACAGCUGAGAUCGAUCACGGACGGAAUCGAUAAAAAGCUCCAGUUCCAUAUAAACAUUGUGUCGGAGAAUCUGGGCAAAACACUCAACCUGUUGAAUGACGUACACGAUGCAGUGGUUGAUCACAACAUCAAUUUCAACUACAACACAACUUCGACGCUGCCACCGUUCGUGAAGGCAAGCAAGAUUGAUAUACUGGUGAAACAAAUUCGACCGAUCAUGUCCGUGUCGGAGAAGAUGGAUGAAGUGUGGGACGUUGUUGUUGGAACGAAGAGUUCCGUUGAUGAUUUAGUGCCCAAAUCGGAUGCACUGUUAACCCAGAAUCAGCGCCAGGAACGAGCGAUCGGUGAAAUUCAUCAUGAUCUCAAAACCAAAACUAAUCUGAUCAUCAACAAUCUGGAUAUGGUGGAAAAGCGACUCAAAAAGCAAGAGGAUGAUGUGGCAGUGUUGGCACAGCGACCUGUUCCGGCGGAGCUGCUGAUGGAUCCAACAAUCGAUCGGCUAGUGGAAUACGACCCAAACAGGUACUCGAUCGUUGAGGAUUUCACGGAAGCACUGCCAACGACGACCUACCCCACGGUGUCAUCCUCCUCCUCGACGGCAAGCACGAGUAGUAGCAGCAGUACCACUGCGAGCAAUGUGAACUUCACCAGCACAACUUCGUCAGCAGCGGGAACCUCCGCCCAAACAGCGCAAGCUGGAGGUAAAAAUGUUUCCCGCAAAGGUGGUAUCAUCUUUCCCAGCGUGAAGAACAAGCCCUCGGUACUGAACAACACCUUUGCCGGAGAAAAUCUUCUUUUCAAGGAUAUCAAAGGAUUCUCUUGUACCGACAUGAUGAACGCCGGCAUGCGCCAGUCCGGAGUGUACUACUUACAGAUCCGUGGUACGACCUAUUGGUUCCUGAAGGUCUUCUGUGAGCAGGAAAUCGCUGAUGGUGGAUGGACCGUCAUCCAGCGACGGGAUGACUUCGGUGAGCCCCGGGAGAACUUCAACCGUGACUGGGCCGAUUACAAGAAUGGUUUCGGAGAUCCGGCAAAGGAAUUCUGGCUCGGCAAUGAGAACAUCUACAUGCUGACAAACAACGAGGACUACUCGCUCCGGAUCGAACUGGAAGAUUUCGAAGGAAACAAGAGGUACGCACAAUACUCCCACUUCAAGAUCCACUCCGAGCAGGACUACUACAAACUGGAAAUCGAUGGCUACGAAGGCAACGCCGGUGACUCGCUGAAUGAUCCUUGGUAUGGUUCAAACAAUAGCCCAUUCUCAACGUACAACCGCGAUAACGACCGGAGCUCACUCAACUGCGCCAGCAUGCUUAAGGGCGGCUGGUGGUGGAAGUCAUGCGGCCGAGGACUGAACGGUCUGUAUCUGCACGACCCACAGGAUCUGACCGCCCGGCAGGGAAUCGUUUGGUUCCGUUGGAGAGGCUGGGACUACACUCUGAAAAAGGCCACCAUGAUGAUCAAACCGCGAGGACCCCAGCCACAGCAGCAGGUGACCGGUGCGACGACGACGUAAUAGUGACAGCCUUUUCUUCUCUUCGCGCAAAAUCAAAAUUUUGUACAAAUCGCUUUCUUUUGUUUUUGUUUUUUGUUUUCGUUGAGUUUCCUCGAUUUCUACUUUCGCUUAAUCGUUCAAAAACAGUUGAAAAAUGGAACACACAUACAUAUGAAAAUUUUAGACCCAGUAAAACAAAAGCUGGACGAAAGGAAGGAUCACCCAUACACUCACACCCGUUUCGAAACAGACACACACACACAUCCACAUAUUAUCCAAUGUUUCAUUUUCAUGGACGUUUUCCGGGGGGCCAUCAAUGCAGGAGAUCCGGUCAGAUUGAGUACAGCAUGUAAAUUUAUGCCUUUCUUGCCCGUACAUCGGACCGGUCUCCCAAGAGUUUCCAGAAAGACCUCCGAUGUUAUCCGUCCUCCGUGUAAUCUUUUGUUAUAUAUGUUUUUUUUAUCUUACGUUUAAUUUAUUACAUUUAGCUGAAAGAAUGAGCGUGAGAGCGGAAAAUCAUCACUUUUACUAGCGAAAAUCUAUUAGUCUUUCUGCUUUGGAUGUCGACAGGAUGUACUUGUCUCUCGCCGUAGAAGGGAACGUUACUUUUUGUCCCGCAAAUUCUACCGAGCUACGAGAGCUGUUCCAGAUAUGAACAAACACAGUAAAAGUACAACCCAGACGAGUUAUUAGCUUUGGAUGGAUAAUCACAAAAUGGAGCGAUAUUUUUCUUUUCUUAUCCUAUAAACUUCGGCUUUUAUAUAUAGACGAAAAGAAUAUAUCUGAUGACGAACUGAAAGAGAUUGUUUAAAGAUAGAGUAUAUUUGUUGAUUAGGUAAAAUUAUUAUCACCUUCAUUCACGUUUGUUUGAAUGUUUUAUUUUUCAACGUGUAAACAAUGCGGACAAAAGGGAAAGGUGGAUACCGAGGGAGGCUUUGCUGGUUAUUAUAUUUUUUUUGACAAAAUUACCAUAAGUAAAAGUACACGACGGUCCUUGGGUUCAUUUUAUAUUGUGUCAUAGCACAUUUGUACCCAUCGAGCGUCGUCUGUAUGGAAUUUGUAUUUUGUAUUUUGACCAACAGAUAAGCAACAAUGUUAGAAAUGUUAAAUGCUGUUCAAACUUUGUACGAAGAAGGAAUUUAUGAUCCUUUGUGAACAAUGUGACCUCAAACGUUAGCUGCACCAGCCAAUAUACCACGCACAGCAAAUUGCGCGCGUGAAUUUUGCGAAAAGACAAAACCGCGCCGUCACCGGAAAGGUCAUCGUUGUAAAUCUUGGCGGAAUCGGCCCCCUUCAGACAAUACCACCGUAAGCGUUACCUAAUUCGCUGACCUCUUGUUAUGCUCCCCGAGUCGAUGCCAAGAGGACCAUAAUUCAUUUCAAACUGUCUCGAUCUCACUGGAACAUAGUUUUUUUUUCGAAACCUUUCCUUUUCGACCCACGUUUGGUUCCCUUCUACUCUUCCAAACCUGUCGCCCUCCAGAGGUAAUUCUAGAGCGAGUAAGUGGCUGCAUGAAAUUUUUAUGUUGCAGCACGUCACCGUUGUUAGGAAAUCAUAAUAAUAACGUGCACCCGGUAGACCUCGGCGCGAGAUUUUUCCCCGUUUCUACUCAAACCGCCUUCGCUAAGUUUACAUUCGUUACGAAUGCUGAAAGGGAAAUGUGUCUAAAUAUGUAUGUUUGUAAAUCGUGCAAUUGGACGCGCGUAGUUAAAAUUGCUUUUGACAGCGAAUGGUUUGCAAAAUGUUACAUUGUCUUGUGAGGUAAAACUUUUCAUGGCUAACAUAUUAAUUAUGAUUUAUCUUGUUUGUCUUUUUUUACGGCCAAUACAAAUACCGAUACUAGGGAAAAACCAUACCAAGCUUCCUAAACCGAAACGACACAUGUAAAUUAUACAAAGCCUUCGGGUUCAUCACCGGUUCCCCAUCCUGUUGUUCGUUUUUGGGAGAGCUAUUGAUGCAACAUAAGUGAAACCUUCAUCAUUCUUCAUCAAGUAAAAUCGGAAGGUUGUGGCAUCGGAAAAUUAUCGAAGCGAAUAAACAAUAGCAACUUCACCAAGAAAAAUAAAACGUUGAAUAAGAAAAGAAAAACAUCUUGCACAACACACAUUCAUACAUUCUCACACAACCAGGCACGAAUCAGUUCAUGUGUACACAUAAUCAUUCUACAACAUAUAUCACACAAUACAGAGAUAUAAACCACUAUCAUUGCCAAAAUGAAACAAACCCCAUUGGUAACUAAAAAAAACAUUUGGUGUACCCAUUUGUUCCCGACGAUCAUUCAGUUUAUUAUAUUUACUAUUAUUAUAUAACGCAAACACGCAAACGAAAACAUACAUUGACACACAAACACACAUUAUUAGUAUGUACGUAUGUUUGUGAAAACGAUCCGCCCCUAUCGCUCACUGCCUUGGGUGGGAAGGACAAAUAAACGCAUAAAAAAAGACAUCAUCAAAAAUUAAGGCAAAAAACGCAGCAAAAUCCAAUUGUAAAUAUCGUUUUAAUUUAAUAGUUGUUAGAAUGUUUUUAUAUUGAAAUAAAAUAAAUGUGAAAAUAGUUGUA